AUAGCUGUAACCAUAAAAAAGAAAGCUUUGUAAACCUGAUCUGCAGUGGUAUAGAGCGCUGUGCAACAGAAUAGCAGAUCUAGUGUCACUUCACUGUUUUUCCACAAGAGAGCUCAUAACCCUUUAAAAAGUGACCAUGUAUGACAUAGAACAAGAUAGCAGCUUGUCUGGUUGAAUGGGAAAUUUAGAGAUAAGAAUUCGUUUGUGGAGUCCAAAGCAAAUGAACUUUUCUUUGUGCCACUGUAUUUGGCAACUCUGGUACUGUACAAUAGUUUUUAUAAAUAUAGAAGCAUCAAUCAUUUCUGAAUGUGUCAACGUGGCACUGAAACAGCGAACUUGGCAAAUGUGUAUUUGUAUGCAGGAGGUAAUAAACUGCAUUUUUCAAUAGAGCGUUGCCUGACACUUUUCCUACUGUGUAGGAAAAAUCUAGUACCUUUGCAAUGUAAGUUCUGAAGUAUAUUGAAUCAGGUUUUCUUGAUGCAGUUCCAUGUUGUUCUGUGAAAUUAUUGCUACGCAAUAGAUCAAUGUCCACUUUAUCCUAGACCAGAAUUAAAUGAAGUCAAACUGCUAUAUGAUAUUGUUUGAGAUCACAGUACAAUUUCUACAUUUAAAUAUGCUAAAGUUUUAGUCAGUAGAUAAAGUAAAUAGUGUGAACUAGAAAAUACAUUGAAAUCUUCUGAGCUGCUUUCUCUGGUAAACCAUAAGAAAUAAUGAAAUUUCUGUUUAUCCUCUUGUCUGUGGUAGAUAAAAAAACAAUGUUGUCAUACUGCGUCAAAGAAAAUAUAGACUCAAUAUUAGCAAAUAUUAGCAAAUUUUCCAAUGACAACAUUAAAAUGCUCUUGAUUAAAAUUUUUGGGGAUUCUAUGUCCACAGGUCUUAGAAACAAGCUGGACAAGACAACAGUUGCCAAGCAGGCCAGGGGUUAGACUAGACUGCUCAAAAGACUUUUGACAAACCUUAAGACAGGUUUAAAAUGUGAUUUGCAAAGAAAAGUUAGGUGAUUUUAAUGUUUUAACUAAUUUUAAGCUUAAUCUAUGGGUGCUGUGCUCUAACAAAAAAGGGUUUGUUCAUUAAUCUCUCUCCAAGAAGAUUACACAGUUCUCUACUAUAACAUAAUGGGAUGGAUUGCUUCUGUCAUAAAGAUGCUUGCAGAAUGGGUUUAAAUUUAGAAUAUUACAUCCCAGUAUUAAAUGAACAGGAACUUGUUCAAAACUUUGUACACAAUUUUUUUCAGUAUCACUCUUACAAUGGAACUGUUUUGUAUAGAGCUAAUAGAUCUGUAGACUCACUCAAAUAGAUGCUUAGUAAUUAUGCUAUUUCGAACUACAUAUUCUACAUGGGAAAUUCAAGGAAUUUUGCAGUUUUUACAACAUAACCUUAUUUUUAAUGUUUGUUGGGGUUUUUUUCAAAUUGCGUCUUGCUGAACCUGACAUACUGCUUAGAAGAAGUGGAAUCAAGUACUGUGUUUUCAAAGGCUUUGUGAGAAAAACCUUUGAAAUGCUUAUCAGACUGGCUGAGAAUUACACAAGCACACUUUUCUGCACUGCUUAUAGAGACAUGGCUGCUGAGGCUAGUGUGCGUGUUCAGGAGUUUUUCACUGAUGUUGGACUCUUCGUGUUUGGCACAGACAUUAGCACAGAGAAAUUUGUCAAUAGAUUUUUUGACACUCUGUUUCCAGUAGUCUACAACCACGUGAUUAACCCCGGUCUGACUGACAUUUCACUGGAAUAUGCAGAGUGCCUCCAAAUGGCGAGAAGAGACAUCAGGCCCUUUGGCAACAUUCCCAAAAAGGCCGUAGGACAAAUGGGAAGAUCACUCUUAUCCAGCCGGACUUUCUUGCAGGCUCUGAAUUUGGGGAUUGAAGUGAUCAACACAACAGAUCACCUGCGUUUCUCCAAAGACUGCAGCAGAGCUUUACUGAGAAUGCAGUAUUGCCCCCACUACCAGGGAGUGAUGCUGAGCAAGCCCUGCCUGGGCUACUGCCUCAACAUCAUCCGGGGCUGCUUAGCCAGCAUAGCAGAAAUUGAUCUUCAUUGGCGGGGAUAUGUUCGCUCCCUGGAGGAGCUCUCAAGCGCCAUGAGUGGAACACACGACAUUGAGCACGUGCUUCUCAACUUUCAUUCGCUUGUUAAUGAUGCUCUGGUACAGGCUCAUAUCCAUGGGCCAGAGUUAUCUGAGCAGGUGAAAAAGAUAUGUGGUCCUCCUGUAAGGAAGCCUACACAGUCUCCAGGUUGCUCCUUUGAUCAGAACAAAGAUAAUCAAGGGUUGAAGAUGUUCUCAAGAGACAGUGAAGAAAUGCUCACCAACAGAAGAAAGGAAUUUAUCAGCCACCUCCAGCUCUACAGAGCCUUUUAUGGUGGCCUGGCUGACCAGAUGUGCAGUAACGAGUUGGCAGCUGCAGAUGGACUCCCGUGUUGGAAUGGAGAAGAUGUCGUAAAAAGUCACAUCUGUGUGCCUUCUAUGAAAGUAAGGCAUAUGUGGCACAAGCCUAUGGGAGAGGAGAACAUACGGUGGGUGUACAGUGUCUGGAGAUUUCUCUUGGCCGUGGAAAGUCAAACUCAGGAUCAGAAACACAAUCAAACAAACAAAUUCUGCAAACUUGGAAACAAGGAAGUUGUGUUUGAACAAAAAAGUCUCCUGAUCUGCCCCACAGACUGUGCAAUGACAUUUGUGAUUGGUUGAUUUUAUCAAUCAAUGAGCUAAGAGGUCUAAUGAGGGAUGACUAACAUCAGAGGUGGUUGUGGUUGGGGAUCUUGUGAAGGGAAAUGAAGAUAUCAGGCUUUGGGAGUGUGGACUGGAGGCUGUGAACCUAAGUGCUGUGUGGGCAAACCAGAUUGAAAGGGACUAGUAACAUGCAAAAAAACCCAAGGUAAGCAAUUCAAAAUUGUCUUGGUGAAACUUAGCCUGAGCCCAAUUUUAGCAUUUUCAGGAAAACUGUGGCAUGCUCAUAGAGUAUUCCCAGAUGUAUUAUAAUCAAUUGAGAACCUCUAGGAAAUUCAUCUUACCAAAAAAAAAAAAAAAGGAGUCAAAGAAUUAUAUUUGUUUAACCUGGAAAGGAAAAUAUGUUAGGUGGAAACAGGCUGUUGCUAGCAGAAAGAGAAAUGUCUAUUAUCUGCUUUCAUAAUGGCUAGGACACAAAGCAAACAUUAAAAUAUAUUCUGCUUCAACAUUAGGGAGAGUUUUCUAGUAGCAAGGACAGUAAGGGUCAAAAAUAAAUAGUUUUGUUGUCCAGCAUCUGCCUGAAGAAGGAUAUUUAAGAACAGGCAAGGCACUGAGAAAUGAUGCAGCAAGAGCUGAUUUUUCUUAGUGAUACAAAUUGAAUAACCUCUUAAAAUCUCCUCUAGCCCUACGAUUCUGAAUGUAGGAUUAUCUAAAUCCUACAUUGUUCAACUUCUGUUGCCAUGAUCCCAGGAUACCCUGACAUUUUAGAAGCAAUAAUGACCUGAGCAGGCUUCAUCACUUUUCUCUCUAAAUACUGAAGAACACCUCAACCUGCACGCUCAGUCUCUGUUCUUUUUUUCUUCCCUCACCCUGCAUUUCCACUAGUAUAGUAAUAAAUAAAGAUGUUGGUGAACUCAUCUGUGCAGUGUUUCUGGCACUGA